CCCGCCCCGCGCUCGCCUCCGCCUUCUCCACAACCGGCCAAGAUGGCGUCGCUCUCGCUGCUGGAGGCCUCGAUGCCGGCGACCGGUGGCUUCUCCUUCCACAACACCGCCCGGAAUGCCCAGCUGGAAUCAGAGGGGGCCCAGAAGGGUCUUCGGCUGCCUGCCGCUCGCAAGACGGGCACCACCAUUGCCGGCGUGGUGUACAAGGAUGGUAUCGUGCUGGGCGCAGACACCCGUGCCACCGAAGGGAUGGUGGUUGCCGACAAGAACUGUGACAAGAUCCAUUUCAUCGCUCCCAACAUCUACUGCUGUGGGGCCGGAACGGCUGCGGACACCGAAAUGACCACCCAAAUGAUCUCUUCGAACAUGGAGCUUCACUCCCUUUCGACUGGCCGGCUUCCAAGAGUUGUGACGGCCAACCGGAUGCUGAAGCAGAUGCUUUUCAGGUACCAGGGAUACAUCGGUGCAUCUUUGGUUCUCGGUGGGGUGGAUGUCACUGGGUCUCACCUCUACAGCAUUUAUCCUCACGGCUCGACCGACAAGCUGCCUUACGUCACGAUGGGUGAGUCACACUCUUGCACCACUCAGUUGAGGUGUCUGCACUGCCCACUAGUGGGGGACCCAGAGCAUUUAAUUUCCCCCGCCCCCCACUUCCCGCUUCCGAUGAUUCAGCUAAUAGGGCAGAAAAAGAAAGCGAAAUUCUUGGCUGUUUUAAUGGUGCCUUUGAUCCCCUCUCGAGACUCUUGAAAAGAAUUGGAGGAA